UCGUAUCGCUGUACACAGAAGCCGAUCUUUACUUUUUCAAUCAUCAAGUUCUAGUUUAGAUUCACUAUCUGAACAAAUUUCACCUGGAGAAUUAACGGACAAUUAAGAAAUUGAACAUAUUAUCAGCUAUGUACUUUAUAACCAACGAUCGAGAUAAAAAUGAAUAUAAGAAGCUUGGCAAACUUCGAAUUCAAACAACAUUACAUCCUGCUUUUACUUUAAUCUUUUUGGGCUUUUGUAUGAUAUUUUUAAUAUUAUCAGCAUGGAAUUUCAAUAAUACAUUAAAUCGGACAAUUACUAGUCAUGUAUUUUAUCUAAAUUCAAGACAACCGCUUGUACAUACUGUGUCAGACAAAUUUUUGUCAUUCGGUCUUGAUACAUCAUUACUUCGUGAUAUGAAAAGUCUCCCAAUAAAAGAUAAUAAAUUUAUAAAUUUAGCUCGACACCUUGCACCAGCUUAUGUUCGAAUAGGCGGUACAUCUGCAGACUGUCUUCAUUUUAAUCAAACAACACAAAUAAUAUCCGAAGAAGUAAUUAGUUUGGUGGACGGCCAAGAUAUAAGUAAUUUUACAAUUAACGGGAUGGACUUUGAAAAUUUAUACAAGUUUGCUACAGAAUCAAAAUUGCGAAUGAUAUUCGACUUGAAUGUACUAAUUAGAGCUGAUAAUGGAUCUUGGGAUGAUAUUAAUGUUAAAAAUAUAAUUUCAUUUGCCAAGAAUAAAAAUAUGAAACUAGAUUGGCAAUUAGGAAAUGAACCAAAUUCUUUUCAUCAUGUAUUUAACAGAAAUGUUAGUGCAAUUCAACUUGCACAUGAUUAUCAUCAAUUAAGGCAGUUAUUAAAUGAAGUAGGAUAUAAUGAAAGUCUUCUUGUGGGUCCAGAAGUAAAUCAUGUAGGGGAUAUAGAUCAUAAGGGAGAGUAUUAUGCAAAAACAUUUUUAGAAAAUGAUAAAAAUAGUGUAAACUAUGUUACUUGGCACCAAUAUUAUCUAAAUGGAAGAGAAGCUCAACUAACUGACUUUAUAAAUAUUUCAACUUUUAAUUAUUUACCAAAACAAAUUAAAUCUAUGCAAGAAGCAAUUAAAUCAUCAGGGGAACUUAUUCCUAUGUGGUUAUCAGAAACAAGUACAGCUUAUGGUGGAGGGGCUCCAGAAUUGUCAGACAGAUUUGUGGCUGGAUUUUUAUGGCUUGAUAAAUUGGGAUAUAGUGCCAUUGCAGGAUUGAAUGUUGUUACCAGGCAAUCAUUAUUUGGUGGAAACUAUGCUAUGAUUGGGCCUGAUCUUAUACCAAAUCCUGAUUGGUGGGUUAGUGUAAUUUUUAAGAAGUUUGUUUCAGAAAAAGUUUUAAGAUUAUCAACAUCUCUUGAAUAUUUACGAUUUUACGCACAUUGCACUCCAAAAAAAGCAUGGAUUGGCAAAGUUUCAGCAAUUACAAUAUAUGGAAGUAAUCUAGCUAACUUUUCUGUUCCUAUUAGUAUUCAAGGAAUUCCUAUAUUUCACAGAAAUGCUAAAGCUUUUCUAUAUGUACUUACUUCUGACAGUUUACAAUCAAGAACAAUAAAAGUAAAUGGAGAAAUAUUAAAAUUGCAAUCUAAUGGAAAUUUACCAUCAUUUCAACCUAUUGUAUUUGAACCUACACAACAAAUUACUUUACCAUCUUAUUCCAUGGUAUUUAUUGUAAUACAUGGUGCAAAGGUUCCAAUAUGUUAUAUAUAAAUAAAUUUAUGCUGUAUAUAA